AUGCUCAACAAGCUGUCUGGACAGCCGGAAAGCUACGAGAAGAAGUCCCACUACAAAUUCGGAAGAACGCUCGGUGCUGGCACAUAUGGUAUCGUUCGGGAGGCGGAUAGCAGCAAAGGGAAAGUCGCGAUUAAGAUCAUCCUGAAGAAGAAUGUCCGAGGCAAUGAGCGCAUGGUCUACGAUGAGCUGGAGAUGCUUCAGGCUCUGAACCACCCCAAUAUCGUCCACUUUGUCGAUUGGUUCGAAUCGAAGGACAAGUUCUACAUUGUCACGCAACUGGCCACGGGUGGAGAGUUGUUCGAUCGCAUUUGCGAAUAUGGAAAGUUCACAGAGAAGGACGCCUCUCGAGUCAUCCGGCAGGUGCUCGGUGCCGUACAUUACCUGCACGAGCGGAACAUUGUCCACAGAGAUCUGAAGCCCGAGAACCUUCUAUACCUCACCCGCGCCCCCGAUUCCCCCUUGGUCCUGGCUGACUUCGGCAUCGCCAAGAUGUUGGAUAGCCCCAGCGAGGUGCUCACCAGCAUGGCGGGAUCGUUCGGCUACGCUGCGCCCGAGGUGAUGCUGAAGAAGGGCCACGGCAAGGCCGUCGACAUGUGGUCCCUCGGCGUGAUCACCUACACCCUCCUGUGCGGCUACUCGCCCUUCCGGUCCGAGAACCUGACCGACCUGAUCGAGGAGUGCCGCACGGGGCGGAUCAUCUUCCACGAGCGCUACUGGCGCGACGUCUCCCAGGACGCCAAGGACUUCAUCCUCACGAUGCUGCAGCCGGACCCCGCCAAGCGCGUGACGUCCGAGGACGCCCUGAAGCACCCCUGGCUGACCGGCGAGACUGCCAGCGACCGCGACCUGCUGCCCGAGAUCCGCGCCUACAUCGCCCGCUCGCGUCUGCGCCGCGGCAUCGAGAUCAUCAAGCUGGCCAACCGCAUUGAGUCCCUCAAAAUGCAGGAGGACGACGACGAGGAUAUCCCCAGCGUCGUCGAUGUGGCUGGCGGCGAGGCCGCCGACGCCGCCGCCGCCGCCGCUGCCCCCCACUCGACCGACCCGGCCUCCCCCAACGGCAAGUCCGCGCCCUCGUCCCCGGAAAGCGACGCCACCCGCAAGAAGCGCAGCCUCAGCAAGGUCGCCCGCGGCGCAAUCUUCCGGGAGGUUGUCCUGGCCAAGGUGCGCGAGGCGAAGGAGACCGAGGAGCGCGAACGUGUGGAACGCGAGGCUCGCGAGAAGACCUCUCAUGCUUGA